AUGGAGCAUUACGCAUGCGCAGCGAUAGUGAUGAGGCUUCAACUGGUAGGAUGGCGCAUGCGUAGUGAGGUUUUGGUUCCUACAGUUGCUUUGUGCGUGCGCAGUGUGGCUGCAAGUCCUGGCAGGGUGGUAGUGAGCGGCGAGUCGCUGGGGGCGGGGCUAGGACGGCGGCGGGGCGCGAGGCGCCCGCGUGAGCUUGGGGGCGCCCUGUGCGUGGGGGGGCAGCUCCUGGGGGUGCCCCCCCCCGGCAGGAUGGCGGAGGAGAAGAAGCCAAAGCUGAGCCAGACGCUGCUGCCUGGUGACUCCAUGAAGGUGGUGGCCGAGUCCAUGGGGCUGGCGCAGGUGCCUGAGGAGGCUGCACAGCUGCUGGCUGACGAGGUCAGCUACCGUCUCAAGGAGAUUGCACAGGACGCCGUGAAGUUCAUGCACAUGGGGCGGCGCCGCAAGCUGACAACCAGCGACAUCGACUAUGCACUCAAGCUCAAGAACGUGGAGCCGCUGUAUGGGUUCCAGGCACAAGAGUUCCUGCCUUUCCGCUUCGCCAGUGGAGGUGGGCGCGAGCUCUACUUCUAUGACGAGCGCGAGGUUGAGCUCAGUGACAUCAUCAACACACCGCUGCCCCGCGUGCCCCUGGACGUGUGCCUCAAGGCUCAUUGGCUCAGCAUCGAGGGCGUCCAGCCGGCCAUCCCUGAGAACCCACCCCCCGCCCCCAAGGAACAGCAGAAGACCGAGGCCACAGAGCCCCUGAAGGCCGCAAAGCCGGGGCAGGACGACGAUGGGGCCCUGAAGGGCAAGGGCCAGAGCGCAGCCGCCCCCGACGCCAAGGGCAAAGAGAAGAAGGGAGGGUUGCUGGAGGGCGCGGCACUGCGCCUGAAGCCGCGCAGCAUCCACGAGCUCUCAGUGGAGCAGCAGCUUUACUACAAGGAGAUCACAGAGGCCUGCGUGGGUUCCUGCGAGGCUAAGCGUGCUGAGGCCCUGCAGAGCAUCGCCACAGACCCUGGGCUCUACCAGAUGCUGCCACGCUUCAGCACCUUCAUCUCCGAGGGGGUGCGGGUGAAUGUGGUGCAGAACAAUCUGGCGCUGCUCAUCUACCUCAUGCGCAUGGUGAAGGCGCUGAUGGACAACCCCACCUUGUACCUGGAAAAAUACCUGCAUGAGCUGAUCCCAGCCGUGAUGACCUGCAUCGUGAGCCGCCAACUCUGCCUACGCCCAGAUGUGGACAACCACUGGGCGCUGCGCGACUUCGCCGCCCGCCUCGUAGCUCAGGUCUGCAAGAACUUCAGCACUACCACCAACAACAUCCAGUCCCGCAUCACCAAGACCUUCACCAAGAGCUGGGUGGAUGAGAAGACACCGUGGACGACGCGCUAUGGGUCCAUCGCGGGGCUGGCGGAGCUGGGCCCUGAUGUGAUCAAGACACUGAUUCUGCCGCGCCUGGCGGGUGAGGGUGAGCGUGUGCGCGCAGUGCUGGAGGGGCCAGUGCUCAGCACCAUCGACCGCAUCGGGGCUGACCACGUCCAGAGCCUGCUCCUGAAGCACUGUGCGCCAGUGCUGGCAAAGCUGCGGGCGCCACCAGACAACCAGGAAUCCUACAAGGCUGACUACGGGCACCUUGGUGCCCUGCUCUGCUCCCACGUGGUCAAGGCCCGGGCCCAGGCCGCGCUGCAGGCCCAGCAGGUCAACCGCACCACCCUCACCAUCACCCAGCCACGGCCAACGCUGACACUGGCGCAGGCCCCGCAGAGCCCAGCACCACGCGCCUCCCCCCUCCUGAAGGUGCCGGGGACACUGGCACUGCCUGUGCCUGGUCUGGUGCCAGGGGGGCGCCCGGCCCCCCCCAGCCAGCCCUCACCCCCCCCCACCAAGUUCAUCGUCAUGUCCUCGGCCUCUGGCUCCAGCGCCUCCCAGCAGGUGAUCACGUUCACCACGGCAGCAUCUCCAGCAGGCGCAGGGGCAGCUGGGGGAGCCCCUGUAGCAGUGGGGGGGGCGGGGGGGGCACCACCUCCACCCCCAGUGGUGAAGCUGGUGUCAGCUGCCCCAGCCCCUCCCAGCCCUGGCCCCUCCGGCCCCUCCCUGCAAAAGUACAUUGUGGUCUCCCUGCCCCCCGGCCCCGCCCCCAGCCCUGGCCCCACCCCCUCAGCUGCGGGGGGGUUGGUGGGGGGAGCUCCAGGGGGGACUGGGGCCCAGGCCUCCCCCCCUGCUGCUGCUCCCCCUAAGGCUGAGGCCAGCGACAGCCCCCAGGCCACACCAGCCCCCCCUGCCAGCAAGGCCAAUGGUGCCCCUGGGGGCACCACCCCCUCCCCCCAGCCCGCCCAGUGAACCCCUCAUGGCCUUCCCAUCAUCCCCUUGUGACCCCCCCACCUAGUGACUUCCAUGACCCUCCUGUGACUUCCAGUGAUCCCCUGCAGCUCACCCAAUGACCCCUGUGAUCUCAUGUGACCCCUCUAUAACCCCUAGUCUGCCCAGUGACCCCCUCUGUGAUCCCUUACCCCCCAUUGCUCCCCAGGGUAAUUUCAAUGUGGGGGUUGUGCCCCCCUGUACUUAGCUAUGUAAAUACACCCCCCCCAAUAAAGGAGCCAACCCCUGCC